CGAUUGUAAACUCUUUUUUUUCUUCAUAAAACUUUAUUGACAUCAACGUUAACGCGACCAGGAUUGUUUCCAAACAAGUAAAUUAGCUACUUCCGGGUUCCUAUAGCCGAGGGUCACGCUGAAGUCAGCUGAAUGUGCCCACAGGAGAGGGGGAAAGCUGGAUUUCAUGGAGGAAGAAGGCAGCGGUGAUGGACACACGGUAGACAGCACGUUACCCCGGGGGCAAAAUGCUGCAGCAGGGCCAAGCAAUGACACAAUUGAUGAAGGACUGCCAGAAGAUCAGUUUCCUCGUGACGUAAAGUCUGUGGAGCAACUCAGUGAAGGACUUAUUGCUCAUUACGUACCCAAUCUUCAGAACUCCAAGCUCGCCUUACAGGAACUCACGCAGAACCAAGUGGUAUUACUAGACACUCUAGAUCAAGAAAUCUCCAAAUUUAAAGAGUGUAAUUCAGUUCUCAACAUCAACGCCCUGUUUUCAGAAGCCAAGUAUUACCAUAACAAGCUGGUGAAUAUCAGAAAGGAAAUGAUACUUCUUCAUGAAAAAACCUCGAAAUUAAAAAGGCGAGCACUAAAGUUGCAGCAGAAAAAACAGGAGGAAAAUCUUAAGCAAGAACAGCAACGUGAGCGCGAGCUUGAGAGAGAAAAGCAAUUAACAGCCAAGCCGGCUAAAAGGACAUGAAAUGCAUGGCAUGGCUCCGCCCAUCCAUGAACUCCACUAGUCCUAUUCAUUUCCAUUACAUUAAGGAAAAUCCGGGCUGAUACAUGGUUAGGAACAAAAUGCACUGCCUCCUGAUUAUAUGCUCAUGUUCAAGCUGAUGGCAGUUAUCACAAAUUCUAGUCUGCAGUUUUUAUGCUUUUAACCAUCCCAUCUAGUUUCUUGCUUGCUCUGAUUGAGCACAAAUUUCAAAUGCAUUUCAAGAU